UCAACUCCGGAGGAGUGCAAUGAUUAAAAUUUUACAGGAUGGGCAAGAAUUGGGUGAUUAUAUUUAUGGGUCUGCCAUUGCGGCACUUGAUAUAGUGAAAGAUUGUUGUCCCGCUGCUUCUGACAAGUUUGAGAAUGAGGAUUUGGGAUUGGACAUUGCAAUAUUCCCUGCUUCCAUGGAUAUGAUUCAUGGGAGUACUAUGCAUGUUAAAGCAGAAAUUGAAGAACGUCUUAUAUCGCUAAUCGAAUCAUUAACUGGUGGCAUUAGCAAGACGAAAAAAUAUACAUUGUUAAAAAAGUUUGAGGAGAAUGAUUGUGAAAGAAUCACCUGGCUUAUGGAGCUCUUCACACGAUAUUCCAAAAAAGUUGGCGCAGUGGCGAAUCAUCUCAAAAGCGAACAGCUGAUCUCAUCUGAGCUCUACAAGGAAAAAUUGCAAAAUGGAUUCUCCAAGCUUCAGUCGAUUGCUGUUAUUCUUGUUCAUCUUUGGUUGCCCGAGAUAAAGGCUAAGAUUGAAAGUGAAUUGUCUCGUCACCAGAUAGAGAAGAAACAUGUGCUGGAUGUUCUCUCAGCAUAUCGUGACAACAUUGGCAACCCGGGUGGAUCAGAAAAUACGAAGACGGUGAUCGAGGCAUACAUCGCUCGCCUUGAGGAAAAUUGUAGCCAGAGUAUGGAGCUGGGUGCACAGGAAAAUUCUGGCCAGAGGAUGGAGCUGGAUGUACCGGAAAAGCCUGACCAGGGGGAACUGGAGGAUGUACAUAGCAAGCGGCGAUGGACUGGCGUCGAUAUACUCGAUAGUUGAAGUUUAUUUGAGGUUAAAACCUUUGUUUGGUGUUAUGUCGCUGUUUUUUCUUUUAUGGAUGACCCUGAAGAAAGUGACCAACGCAGCGACAUUUUUGGUUUUUAAUCUGUUUAAUUGGAGUAUGUUUUCUCUUAGAGCUGGUUCUCUAUAGAUUGUAUUUACAUCAGAGUUUAGAAUAUAAAACUCUUUUAGACUCAUAUGUAUGUUUACAUGCACAGAUUGCUGAGCCAGCAACUU